CUCGUGCGUAACGCACGGGCCGGAUGGGGAACGUCGGUCCGGCUGUAACAGCGCCCCGGCGCGGAAGCGCGACGUCUGCGGCUCUGGGCCCAAGCUGGCGGCGGCGAUGGCCUCGGCGGCUGUGGAAAGCUUCGUGACCAAGCAGCUGGAGCUGCUGGAGCUCGAGAGAGACGCGGAGGUGGAGGAGCGAAGGUCCUGGCAGGAGAACAUCUCUCUGAAAGAGCUCCAGAGCCGAGGUGUGUGUUUGCUGCAGCUUCAGGUAUCCAGCCAGCGCACGGGGCUGUACGGACGGCUGCUGGUGACCUUGGAGCCCAGGCGAUGCGGUUCUGCGGCAGCUCUUCCCAGUAACAGCUUCACUUCUGGUGAUAUAGUGGGCCUGUACGAUGCUGCUAAUGAGGGCAGUCAGCUGGCCACCGGGAUCCUGACCCGAGUCACCCAGAAGUCGGUCACAGUGGCUUUUGAUGAGUCCCAUGAUUUCCAGUUGAGCUUGGACCGAGAGAAUUCCUACAGACUGUUAAAACUUGCCAAUGAUGUCACUUACAAACGACUGAAAAAAGCUCUGACUGCUCUAAAGAAGUAUCAUUCUGGCCCAGCCUCCUCACUCAUAGAGGUGCUCUUUGGCAGAUCUGCUCCCAGUCCUGCCAGUGACAUACACCCGCUGACGUUCUUCAACACCUGCCUGGACGCCUCCCAGAAAGAAGCGGUUUCAUUUGCGCUGUCGCAGAAAGAACUUGCCAUCAUCCAUGGACCUCCUGGCACUGGGAAAACCACGACUGUGGUUGAGAUAAUUCUUCAAGCUGUGAAACAAGGCUUAAAGGUUCUGUGCUGUGCCCCCUCCAACAUUGCCGUGGACAACCUGGUGGAGCGCCUGGCUCUGUGUAAGCAGCGGAUCCUGCGACUGGGGCACCCCGCCCGCCUCCUGGAGUCCAUUCAGCAGCACUCCCUGGAUGCGGUGUUAGCACGGAGCGACAGUGCCCAGAUUGUUGCCGAUAUCAGGAAGGACAUCGACCAGGUCUUUGUGAAAAACAAAAAGACCCAGGAUAAGAGAGAGAAAAGUAAUUUUCGCAAUGAAAUUAAGCUGUUAAGAAAAGAACUGAAGGAGAGGGAAGAAGCAGCUAUACUGGAGAGCCUCACUUGCGCAAACGUGGUCCUUGCAACAAACACAGGUGCAUCUGCCGAUGGCCCCCUGAAGCUGCUGCCCGAGGGCCACUUCGACAUGGUGGUCAUUGAUGAGUGCGCCCAGGCCCUGGAGGCCAGCUGCUGGAUCCCCCUGCUGCAGGCCGGAAAGUGCAUCCUGGUGGGCGAUCACAAGCAGCUGCCCCCCACCACCGUCUCUCACAGGGCUGCGCUGGCGGGACUGUCGCUCAGCCUGAUGGAGCGCCUGGCCGAUGAAUAUGGCGUGAGGGUGGUGCGGACGCUGACCGUGCAGUACCGUAUGCACCAGGCCAUCAUGCGCUGGGCCUCGGAGGCCAUGUACCUCGGGCAGCUCACAGCCCACCCUUCCGUGGCGGGGCACCUCCUGAGGGACCUCCCAGGUGUGGCUGCCACGGAGGAGACGGGCCUGCCCCUGCUCCUGGUGGACACCGCUGGCUGCGGGCUGUUUGAGCUGGAAGAGGACAACGAACAGUCCAAAGGGAACCCUGGCGAAGUCCGCCUCCUCAGUUUGCACAUCCAGGCUCUGGUGGACGCCGGUGUUCCAGCCCGUGACAUUGCCGUGGUCUCGCCGUACAACCUCCAGGUGGACCUGCUCAGACAGAGCCUCGCGCACAGGCACCCUGAGCUUGAAAUCAAGUCUGUGGAUGGCUUCCAAGGCCGAGAGAAGGAGGCCGUGAUACUGUCCUUCGUCAGGUCCAACAGGAAAGGUGAGGUUGGUUUUCUUGCUGAGGACCGGAGGAUCAAUGUGGCCAUCACCCGUGCCCGGCGCCACGUGGCGGUCAUCUGUGACUCCCGUACCGUCAACAACCAUGCAUUUUUGAAGACCCUGGUGGAGUAUUUCACCCAGCAUGGGGAAGUACGCACGGCCUUUGAGUAUCUUGACGAUAUCGUCCCGGAAAACUAUUCCCACGAGAGCUCCCAGGGUCCCAGCCACGCUGCCACCAAGACCCACGGUUGUGCUGCGUCCGCUAGGAAUGGAAGUCAGUGGCAGGAGGGAGGCCGAGAGGCUGCAGCAGCUGCCAGACGCGGCCGGAAGAAGCCAGCCGGGAAGCCUCUGGGCUCGGAAGCCCUACUUCAGCCCAGUCUCACUGGAGGCAGCCCGGAGGGAGUGGAGAGCCAAGACGGCAUGGACCACUUCCGGGCCUUGAUAGCGGAUUUCAUGGCCAGUGAGAAGAUGCAGUUGGAGUUUCCUCCUUCCCUCAAUUCCCACGACAGGCUGCGGGUCCACCAAAUAGCCGAGGAGCACGGGCUGAGGCAUGACAGCUCCGGGGAAGGGAAGAGGAGGUUCAUCACCGUGAGCAAGAGGGUCCCGCCAGCCCCACGACCCCCAGCAGUUCCAGGACCCCCGGCAGCCCUGGGAUUCCUGGCAGGAACUGGCAGCCCAGCCCCUCUCCAGCCGGUGCCCCCUAGCCCUGUGCAGACGAAGCAGCCUCCUAGGGAGCAGCAUGGCCCAGAGCAGCCAGACCUGAGGACGCUGCACCUGGGGAGACUACAGAGGGUCAGGGGCUCGCAGGGGCAGCCCUCCAGCAAGGAGCAGCUGGCCUCGGGGCAGCAGAAACUUCCAGAAAAGAAAAAGAAAAAAGCCAAAGGACAUCCAGCCAUAGAGCUGCCCACAGAGGAGGACUUCGAAGCCCUGGUUUCAGCUGCCAUUAAGGCUGAUAACACUUGUGGCUUUGCCAAGUGCACAGCCAGUGUCACGACCCUGGGCCAGUUCUGCCAUCUCUGUGGCCGCCGCUACUGCCUCAGCCACCACCUGCCCGAGAUCCAUGGCUGCGGCGAGAGGGCUCGUGCCCACGCCCGGCAGAGGAUCAGCCGGGAGGGAGUCCUCUAUGCUGGCAGUGGGACUAAGGACAGGUCCCUCGACCCAGCCAAGAGGGCUCAGCUGCAGAGGAGGCUGGAUAAGAAGCUGGGCGAGCUCAGCAGCCAGAGGACCAGCCGGAGGAAGGAGAAGGGGACAUGACCGGCCGCAUCCUCACCUGCCCCAUGGAGCUCUCUCCUUGCCAGCCCAGGACACCAUCAGAGCACGCUCCGCCUCCAGCAGGGCCAUGGAGGAGCAGAGGGGCCUGUGGGGGAAGGUUGGGUUUUGGACCCCAGGAGUGAGCUUUUCCCAUGUCACAAUGUGGAGAAAAGCAUCUGGGGGCAACAGUGCUUGUGUAGGUGAGGCUCGGGAAGCGUGUAUCCCUUCCUCUCACUCCCGGUCAAAUCCCACAUCUCAGCAUCUGGAUCCUGGGGAGGGUUCCAGUCCCUUGGGGAAUAUCCAGGGCGUCGACGCAGGCUAUUGAAGUCACUCCUCGGAUGUCUGGGACUUGCCAGCUCAGGCCAUCAGGAUAUGGGUGCUGGGAGGAAACAAGAAACCAGACUCGGCCAGUGGUGCUCAGGCGGGUUCUGGGACGGGCGCGGGAGCGGAGUUUGGCUUGCACGUUCCCACAGGGCCAGCUGCUGGGGCCACUUUCCUUCUGUCUGCUGUUCACUGGUGACUGCAGCAUUCCCCUCCCCGUCUCCGCAGGGCUCCUGUGAGUCUGGGGCACCUCUUUCUGGCCUCUGCACCUCUCUCUGGCCUGUGCUGGCCCCCCCUCGCUGUGCCUUGCCAUGGGGACCAGGCGAGAAGGCCAUCCCUGCAGCUGUCCUGGGAACGCCCCGCAACGGCAUCAGCGCCAUCAGCACUUACCAACCCAGAGCUGCUGGUCUCCUCCAGUGCCCUUUGCCAACUCUUCUGUUUCCGAGAACUUCAGACGGAUAUACCUUAGCCUCAGGGUUUUGUUUCAGGAGGAUAUAAAUUAUUUAAACAUUAAAUGAAAACGUUGUACACGGUCCCAGCGUGUCUCUGCAGGCCUAAGGGGCGCCCUUGGCCUGUUCUGCUCAGCAGCUGUGCCCUCCCUGUGGACUCUCUCAAGCCCCCUCUCCCUCUGACCUCCUCAUGGCAGACUCUCCGGGCGCAGGCUCAGCCCUCUCUCCUCAAAUCCCCAUUGUGUCCUUAUGUCCCGGGUGGCCUUUGGAGUGAGGUUUGGCGCACCCAACCUGCACCAGGGUGGCUGUCCCCCAGUGGCCACUUAGGCAGCGAAUUCAGCUAGUGUGUGCUCGGGCCCGGCCUGCGUGCUUUGACAGCCCUGUUCUUGCUGGUGCUGGGCCAGCCUCCCCACCCACCUGGGCUGACGCCUCACCCUGGGCCACUAGGGCACCCCCCCCCGCCCCCCGUCCUGGACGCCUUCCUUGCCUGCUCCUGUCAAAUGGCUUUUGGACGGAAUUGCUUGGGAAGGGGACCAGGACUCUACUGCAUUUUGCAUCAAGUGUGGCAGAGGUCAUCUGGUUACUUCCGUAAGUGCAGAGCGCAGCGCCAGAGGGUUCCGUUUCUCACGCUCCUUAACCCCUUGCUGUAGGAGGCGUGUAUGUAAAUGGAUGCUCUGGGUGGGAGUGAGAGCACCGCUGGAAGUUCUCACCGGUUGACACAGUACACAGGGAGGUGUUCUUCCUGCUGCGGCAGGUGUGUGCCUGCUUCAGCUCCCUGACUUUUUGGUUCUAAGCUUCAACCCCUGGCCACAGGGAGGCCGAGUUCAGGGAUGGGCCAGAAUCCAAACAGCCAACCACAGUCCUGCCCCAGGGUUGACACGGAUGCCGAAAGAUGCUGGCUUUUCAAGGGAGACAGCUGACAGCCACACUCCCUGCCUCCCAGGUAGCCUGUCUGCAGGAGAGAAGGAGGCCAAAGAGAAACAGACCCAAAAAUGGGCGUGGGAGAGUGACCUGAUGACCGUCUUUGAGCAGCUGGAUGUAGCCAUGCCUGACCUCCACCCCAUUCUUCCUGCUGUCCUGAACUAGUAAAUCCCCUUUUUUAGCUGAAGAAAUCUGCCUUGGGUUUUUGUCACUUGCUACCAAAGAAUCUGCUGACCCAGUCAUGCCCACAUCUGUGUAUCUCAUUGGGUAUACCUCUCCCAACCUGGAGGCAGCGUGGAAUUCAUGUCACCCUGCUCAUUAGAGAAGGCAGGAUUGCGCUUGUGCUUUCCUCUGGUAAAUAAAU